GAGCGAGCGAAGUUCAGUGAACAUGUCUGAAUCAGAUGAAAUUAUCCCAGCGACACACCACCAGGAAGGCUUCCACACGCCUAGCGCUAAUGUCUAUAUUUCAUACGACCCCGCAAAUCCCCCAGCCCAUCCGGGGGCAAAUUGGACUCGUUUUGUGUGCAUCAGUGACACCCACUCUCGUACUUUCGGCGUUCCCUCUGGCGAUGUCUUGCUUCACUCUGGCGAUCUCAGCCGGCUAGGUCGGGAAGACGAUAUUCGUGUUACGAUAGAGUGGUUGCAUAGUCUGGACCAUGGCGUCAAAAUUAUUAUAGCGGGAAACCAUGACCUACCUCUCCACGAGGAGUGGUACGAGGACAGUUAUUACGGCUUCCACAACAUGAAGGAGUCAUCGACUGCGAUCAGAAAUCUCGUCGACAGCAAGGCAAAUCGUGAUCGGGGCCUAAUCUAUUUGCAGGACGGACGGUACGCUUUUAGCACUAAGGAAGGUGGAAGGGAGUGGUCUGUGUAUGGCUCUCCGUGGCAACCCUAUUUUGGUGGCUGGGCUUUCAAUUAUUUGCCUGAGGAAGCCUGUGACCACGUUUCCGCAAUACCUGAGGUCGACAUUCUUCUCACUCAUGGCCCUCCGCAUAAGGUUCUAGAUAAAACCUUUUCCAAUGUCCACGCUGGAUGCCCUGCCCUGCUCGCGCACCUUUCCAAGAUGCGGAGACCUCCGCUUCUCCACGUCUUCGGGCAUAUACACGAAGCACGUGGUGCCGUGCGGUAUCCCUGGUUGCAGGGGGAGGAAGACCAAGACUCUUCGAAUGCAGAAUGCACAACACCUCUUGGAAAAGAGACGAUAAUGGUGAAUGCAGCUAACCAGCCUCUCGGGCGUCAGGCGAUUGGACAGGGUGGUCAAAGAAUCCCAUGCGGCGGUCCAGGCUUUCAACCUGUUAUUGUUGACCUAUUGGACUCGGCUAUGCGGCUAGAAAUGUAAACGACAACGACGUUCUCCCUGUAAUACGAUAUCUUCACAUGAUAAGAGAGUUCUAUAACUUAAAGACGGC